AAAAGCAAAAUAAAAAUUUUCAUUAAAAAAAGAGAGAGAGAAAAGGAAAGGAGUUGGCGGUAACUCUAUUCUUCUCCAAUGGCGGUCUCGCCAUUCUCAAACGUACCAAAACCUCAAAACUACUUUACCAGUUCCACCAUAACUCUUCCCAAAAAGCUCCUUUCUUGUCUCUACUCUCACCCUCAAACCCAAACCCAAACACACAAGCUCGCCAUUAAUGGCCCUUCUGAGCUCUCAGGCCAUGUCACCAUCAGUGGCUCCAAGAACGCUGCUUUACCGAUUCUGGCAGCGACCCUUUGCUGCUCCGGCACUUCGAAGAUCAGUAACGUGCCGAGUUUGUCUGAUACUCGAACCAUGGCUUUCGUUUUGAGCUCUCUUGGAGCUAAAGUUGAGGUUUUUAACGACCAUCUGUUGGUUAACACUGAUGGGGUUCGGUCGUUUGAGCCUAGCUCAGAAGAAGUUGGAAAAAUUAGAGGUGGAUUUUUCGUGAUUGGGCCGUUGUUGGCUCGGUUCGGCGCUGCUGUGGUCGCAUUGCCCGGUGGCUGUGAAAUUGGAGCUCGCCCGGUUGAUCUUUAUGUUCGUGGGUUCAGGGCUCUUGGCGCUGUUGCCGAGUUGAGGGAUGGGAAGGUGCAGGCAUAUGCUGCAAAUGGGAGAGGACUGGUUGGGGGCAAGUUCCAACUUGAUUAUCCCAGUGUUGGUGCAACCGAAACUCUUUUGAUGGCUGCAUGUUUAGCUGAUGGAGUUACUGUACUUUCAAAUGUUGCAAAAGAACCUGAGGUGGUUAGCCUUGCUCAUUUUCUGAGGAGCAGUGGGGCUUGUAUUGAAGGAGCUGGAACUAACAAGAUUGUUAUCAAAGGAAAGUCUUGGUUACAUGGUUCUGAAUGUAAAAUCUCUCCUGAUCGUAUAGAAGCAGGCUCAUUUAUGCUCGCUGCUGCUAUAACUCGCUCACGUAUCUCUAUUUCACCGGUCAUUCCUUCUGAUCUGUUAUGUUUAAUCGAAAAACUGCAGGGUGCUGGCUGUACAGUCAGACAAUUGUCGCACAAUAAGUUGGAAAUUUCGGCACUGUCCACAGAUGGUACAAACUUGAAAGGUUUUGACAUUAAGACAGGUCCAUUUCCUGCAUUUCCUACUGAUCUCCAACCUCAAACAAUGGCACUGCUCACUACUUGUGAUGGCUUCAGUAAUGUGGAGGAAUGUGUUUUUGAAAAGCGCAUGAGUCAUGCAAAUGAGCUGGCCAAGCUUGGACCAAGGAUUCAAGUAUGUGGAAGCACUGCUUUGGUUUUUGGAAAAGAUAGAGGAAGAUCGUUAUCUGGUGCUUCCCUUGUUGCAAGAGAUUUAAGAGGUGGGGUGUCACUUGUAUUUGCAGGGUUGGCUGCAACCGGUACUACUGAGAUCGGCGGUGUUGAGCACAUCGAUCGCGGCUAUGAAAAUUUAGUUAUGAAGCUUCAGCAGCUUGGAGCUAAUGUCAAUAGAUUGGUACUUCUUCCUUGUCCAUCAUAGUGUUGGAGUUAAUGAGAAAUUUUCUGUGGGUUUUGGAGAGGAAUUGAGAUUGAGCCCUUGUACUGCUCUUUUACUAGCUUGAGAGUUGGUUUUAAAGCCAAAGGCGUAAGAUUCCUUGGACUAAUUAGUAAUAUCAAGUUCCACAUAGAAGAUCUUCUUGGAAAAUGGUUAUGAAGAUUUCCUUUUCAACCAAAGUGAAAAUGGAUUGGACUUUCCAAGAAGGACAAAGGUGGGUUUUGUCAGUAACUUGCAAAAAUUUGUGAAGGUUGAAGAAAUUGUCAUUCUUUGGAAAAGCCCAAUAAAAUUGUAUUUAAAUAUUUGUAAUUUAUUAAUAAUUUUAAAUUUUUGUAAAACUAGAAUAUAUGGCAAAAAUUCGUGUCAACAUAUUGAAAGGUGGAAGAAAUUGUCAUUCUUUGGAAAAAGCAUGAUCCUGGUGGUCGGUUUGUUGUCUUCUAUGAUUUGUGCAUCUGAGGUCAUAUGCCGGAGGUCCGUCUCCAACUAGUGCAGAUUGGUGGGGUGGCUUUGGGGUUGGUUGCUUCACUGUAGUACUUUUCAUUUGAGGAUGGGCGGCGUUGGUCAUGAGCAUGCGUGGGUGGAGGUGACGUGUAACGCCCUACUUCCUUAGAGCCGUUACUAAGUGAUUUUUAAGACAAAACAGUGUGCAAUGAACUCGCUAACCGAGGUUUUGAAACAAAAGUGUGACUAAUUAAAAAGUGAA